AUGGGAUCGGUCAGAUCAUCAAUCGUGACGCCCAAGCGUGCUGAUGACGACGCCGACUUCUCUUUGUUCAAACAAUGGAGAGCACCGAUCGCCACAAACAACAACAACAAUCACACUGGCAAAGUGAUGACAACAACUGCUAUAACGACACCUCUUCAUUUAAGACAUGAGGAGAGCCAAAUCGUACCUCCACUCCAUCAACUCCAUAACGGAAGUCAUCGUCCAUUCACACUUCCCCACAAGAAAGGAGAGGAGGCUCAGAACUGUGUCAAGUUUGAAACUCAUCGCUCCAAUUACUUGGUAGAGUUGAUUGAGGGUAUCCUACCCAAGGAAAUAAUCAAUGGAUCAAAGAUAUUGGUCAAGAUCACAGAACCUUCGCAUCCAAACAUUAUCUAUGUCAACUUCUCCACUGCCGUAAGAGCAUACCAAGCACAAGAGUUCAUGACCUACUGGAACGAGUACACUCCCACCAGCAACCGUAUCAAAUCCACCUUGAUCAAGAAGUCAUUGGACCCUCUCUACUCUAUCAACUCUGUACAAAUCGACUCUUUCCCAGAAUACCCUAUCCCAAGAAGUAUCACUGUGAUAUCAAAUGAGGAACAGGCAAAGAAGACCAAUGAACUCUUACUUUAUGGACUGAGACCAGCUGACAUCAACUUUGCCAACAACAUACAACUCGGUAUUACAUAUGAGUGGCAUCACAAGGAGGUGAACAGUGAUGAACCAAACUUCUACGUCGUUACAGUAUGCAACCAUGAUCAUUGUGUUGUGUAUAACCUCAAUGAGUUGAAGAAGGUGCCACAACAAUUGAUUGAUAUCUUGGAGUCCAAGUCCAUUGGAAAAGUUGGCUACAAUCAUAGAAUGGAGACACUAAAGUUUGAGAAACAGUAUGGUAUCAAACUAAACAACUUUGAGGACCUCUCCAAGACACCAAUAGUGAUGAGAUCCAAGCCCAAGACAAUCAGAGCCAUCACUGGAUUGUUCCUUCGACAAAAACUUGGAAGGAAUGAUAUCAAUAGAUAUGCCACUCCACAAUCAUUGAUGUCCGAGAAGAGGAUCCAUCAUUAUGCACAACAAACCGAUUGCAUUCGCUCUUUGUUCUAUGUACUAGAGAGCGACAAGGUAGACUUUAAACUUCAAUAUGAAGAGGGUGACCAUAUUGACUACAUAGAGGACGAUUGA